AUGGCUAACCUGGACGUCAAUUUCGUGGAAAGCUUUAGGCAUCAACUUGGUGAAAGAGAUGGUAUCUUGUCUUAUGAGGAGGCAAUCGUGCAAGUGUCUGGGCAACGGCUGCUCGGACCUCAACAAAAGCCGCUCAAAAGCAACCGGCCGAAGGGUGAUGUGUGCCUGAUCGACUUACCCAUCAGGGACCUACAUUCACAUGGUGGCAAACUUGAACAGUUUGUGGACAUUAUCCAAAAUCAUCCUGUCGAGGGAGAGAUUAGCAUCAAUGCCGACUUCCUUGACAAUCUCUUGUACAAGCAUGCUGUCCAAGCCAAAUACUCAGCUCUUCCCAAACCAUUCUGCUUGAAGGCAGAGCCCAAAGUUCCAUAUAGCAUGCAGUUUGUCAUCGUGCCGUCCUAUCUUCCUCCUGAUGAAGAUCAUGCCUAUGUCGACAUCUUCAAGCACGUUUACCUUCACAAGAACAAGAUCCUCAGCAGUGAAUGCAUCCCCUGUUGUCACGGAAUUCCUGUUCGCUUUGACUGGGGCUCUCAGGUUCGUCUCGGCCUCACAGGUAUGAACUACAUGCUGGAUCGCGUCGGAGGCAUGCAGGUGCGAUUGUGGACAAUUCAGCCCAAGUUCGAAAAGAAGGUGACUUUAGAUCAGACUGCUCGUGAGGCAGGGUAUCAUUUCAUUCGAGACCAUGGUCCGCGCUCCAACAACAGGAAUCAGUUCAUGGAGUGGACCGAUGAGCAGGUUCAUCUUGCCGGUGGCCCCUUGGAAGGAUGGCAUGAAGGAAAGGUCAAGGAAGCUCUGCACAAUUACUAUCGCGGGCGGCAAAAUGCCAAAACUUUAGAGUAUUGGCCCCUGACCUUGAAGAGUUUCAGUGCAUGGUCCGGCCCUGCCGUGAGUAGCGCCUUAGACAACGUGGCGUUGAGCCUAGGGGAUGUCAUCGAUGCAGCCACCCAGGACAUUUCCGAAAUGGCCUCAGACUUCAAAUCCUUCGUCGCUUCAGCUGUGGGCCUCGAGGACGAGAGCGGGGAUGAAGCGGAAGCGGAGCGGCAGAAGGCCUGA